AUGAAGUGUUCAUUGUUUUUGUAUACUGAAAGCGAUAGCACCAAAGCAAGGCGACUCAUGAGUUAUUUUCAAGGAAGGGUGGGAAGGAUUUCAGAAGUGAGAAAUAUCGAGAACAUUCUGGUGAGGGAGCAAGAUUUUAGGGAAGAACUACGUGACAGUGAAUGUGUUGUGCUGGUUGGAACACCCGAAGCUUUGUCCCUCAUCCAGAACAAGCAGCAAGAAAAAGACGAAGAUGACAUACUAUUUGAUGGCAAAGUUAUGCAUGAAGAGUUCACAGAGAACAAAGAACUUGUCAAGAACAGACUCCUCAUCGUUCACUUCACGGAAAGAACUGGGACUGACUGGAUUCCGAAGGGUUUUGAUGAAAAUCGAAUUUUUCAUGUGGUAGAUGGCAUAGUUCCUCCUGAUGGAACUCCAACUUUGAUCCACCUUGAAUAUCGCAUGAAGAAAAUAUUGCUUGGAGAUGACUUUUUGUACUGA